AUGUAUCAGUCCGUGCGGAAGUUGUUUUUCACGGACUGUUAUUGCGCCAAAGAUGCAUCUCGGAGUUAUGAAGAACUGUUCAAGAAGCUGGACUCGAACCAGGACGGGAGAGUGGACGUAUCCGAGCUCCGAGAGGGACUGGCCCAGAUGGGCUUCCACACCGGGAGAGGGACUGCUCAGAAGAUCGUUUCGUCUGGAGACAAGGACAAGGACCAGGGUCUGGACUUUGAGGAGUUCUCAAAAUAUCUGAAAGAACAUGAGAAGAAGCUGCGGCUGACCUUCCGGAGUCUGGACAAGAACAAAGAUGGUCGGAUCGAUGUGAUGGAGAUAAAGCAGUCGUUGGCAGAUCUGGGUUUGGACGUCAGCAAAGAGGAGGCAGCCAAGAUUCUGCAGAGCAUCGACGUGGACGGCACCAUGACCGUGGACUGGUCCGAGUGGAGAGAGCACUUCCUGUUUAACACGGCCUCAAACCUACAGGAGAUCAUCCGCUACUGGAAGCACUCCACGGUGCUGGACAUCGGGGACAGUCUGACGAUCCCAGACGAGUUCACGGAGGAGGAGAAGACGUCUGGACUGUGGUGGAAGCAGCUGUCGGCCGGAGCCAUGGCAGGAGCUGUGUCCAGGACCGGGACCGCCCCCCUGGACCGGAUGAAGGUCUUCAUGCAGGUUCACGCCUCCAAAAGCAACAAGAUCAGUCUGAGCGGAGGAUUCAAGCAGAUGCUGAAGGAGGGAGGAGUCUUGUCUCUGUGGCGAGGGAACGGCAUCAACGUCCUCAAGAUUGCGCCAGAGACUGCCAUCAAGUUCAUGGCCUACGAGCAGUACAAGAAGCUUCUCUCCAGUGAACCGGGCAAAGUCAAGACCCACGAGAGGUUCAUGGCCGGCUCUCUGGCUGGAGCCACGGCACAAACGGCCAUUUAUCCCAUGGAGGUGAUGAAAACACGCCUGACCCUGAGGAAGACGGGUCAGUACUCUGGGAUGAUGGACUGUGCCAAGAAGAUCCUGAAAAAAGAAGGCGUCAAAGCGUUCUACAAAGGCUACAUCCCCAACAUCCUGGGCAUCAUCCCCUAUGCCGGCAUCGACCUGGCCAUCUACGAGAGCCUGAAGAAUAUGUGGUUGUCUCGUUAUGCCAAAGACUCAGCGAACCCUGGGAUCCUGGUGCUGUUGGGCUGUGGCACCAUUUCCAGCACCUGUGGGCAGCUGGCCAGCUACCCCCUGGCCCUGAUCCGCACCCGGAUGCAGGCCCAAGCCUCGGUGGAGGGCUCGGAGCAGCUGCCCAUGGGUCAAAUGGUGAAGAGGAUCCUGGAGAAGGAGGGUUUCUUCGGUCUUUAUCGUGGGAUCCUUCCAAACUUCAUGAAGGUCAUUCCUGCUGUCAGCAUCAGCUACGUGGUCUACGAGUACAUGCGCUCUGGCCUGGGCAUUCAGAAGUGA